AAGGUCAUGAGGAUACAACGACUCGACAAGUUACGCAAACUGCGGAGUCAUGAUGUGAAUGACAAAGAAGAGGAAGAAGAAGUGCCUGUGCAGACGAUUCCGAUGGUCACGAGCACUAAAGGGUUUCUUGCGAAUAUAUUGGACUUGGUGAAGACGAUUUGGUUCAAAGUCAUUGACAUGACGAUCAACUUCUUGCAUUGGAAUAAUAUCGUGUAUCGACUCAAUUUGAAACCAAAAGCAACGACGGAGGAGAUAGAGAGUAAAAUGGAGGAGAGGAUGAUGGUGGCGAAUGAGGAAGACGCUGUGAAUAAGCACAAAAUAUUUGGAUAUAAAAGCCCGACGAAGUUGACGAAAGAAAUGCAGAUGGAGAGUGUGGAGGAGCAGAAGAAGGAGAUACGAGCCGUUGAGAAUGAGGCGAUUUCGGAACAAAAGAUGAAGGAAAAGAUGCGCCGAUACGAAGAGGACAUAUCGAAAGGAGACGACGGACUUGUUUCGGUGUCUUCCUCUUCGGAUGAGGAAGUUGAUUUGACGAAGAAAAAGGAGAAUCGAGUUGCGCGGAUAUUACGGAAGUCACGAGAAAAGCUGAGUCGGAAGAGAAAGGGGAAGACCCCGAAUGCCGUUCCUGAAGAUCAUACCAAGCAAGAGAAGAAAGAGAUAAGUACUCAGAACGAAGACCAUUCCCUGUCUAGUGAUGAAGAUGGUGAUGAAGACAUAGCGAAGAAGGUGAAGUUUGAACGGAUGGAAGAGAAAGGAGAUGAAGACGUAGCACAGGAAAUAAGUGAAGAGUCUGAGGGGAGCGAAGAGAUAAGAAGUGAAGACGAUGAAGAAGAGAAAGAGGAACAUGCCAAGUCCACUGCCAUUGCAAAACCGACGCCAAUACGACGAGGGAAAAAGAAGGUGGUGAUGUGUCAAGAAAUGGUAUUAACGAAGGAGUCUCCGGAGGAGAUGAAUCCGAUUCAACGACCUUUAAGUCCACAUUCGCCACGAUUUUCCCCAUCGAGUCGAGCGUUAAGUAGUACUGAAUUAGAAUUAAUAGAUAUAGAGCAGACUGAAGGGAAGUAUCCAUAUCAUGGCAGAUUCUAUUUAGUCAUUUGGGGACUUUACUUCUUCUUUUCGCGACAAACGGAAGCACUUGUCCAAGUCAUUUUCAUUCUGAAUGCAGUGAUCAAUAGAAAUAUUCUGAGUGCGAUCUACCCGAUUGCCGCGUUUGGGAUUGUGGCGGUGUCAAGGAAACCAUUUCCAUCGAAGAAGUUCUGGACAUUCAUGUCGGUGGUGUCUGUUGUCUUGAUAUUGGUCCGCCUCUUCUUCCAAUUGCCAGGGUUUUGUAUUAAACCGAAUGCAAAGGAGACGUAUGACGUUCUGUCAUAUACCACUUCAGUGUAUGAUGUCGACACGAUGCAAUGUUCGGCAACCCCAUUAACGAAGAACCACAUGAGUUUCAUAUAUAUCUUUGGGGUCUACCCGGUGUCGUCCUAUUUUCUAUCAAGGUUUGUGUGGGACAUCUUCUGUUUGUUUGCGAUUUUGGUGCACAUCUUGUGUAUGAGGAAUCGUGGGUAUUGGGAACAACAAUAUUUGUUGAGACGGGAGUGGUCGAAUGUGGUGAUUGAAAACCACCGGCGCGAACUUGUGAAUAAGAUCAAACCGAACACGUUUGGGGAACUGAAAUUCAUUGUCGAGGCGCUGAAGGACUUUGAACCGAGUGAAGGGGAUGUGGACCACUUUGCAUAUAAACAACACGACUUAUUUGUUGUCGAGGCGAUUCAAGUGGACGGCCAACUGUUUGUGACGAAAGGGAAUUAUAAGGGACUUGUUGACUGUGAAAACUUUAAGGUCUAUGAGCACACGACGAAGUCGAUAGCGCGGAAAGAAAAGAGUUCGCCAGUGAUCUAUAAAAAGACGUUUAAAAAGAGUUAUCGAGUGAAGGAGGAGAAGAUCAAUGACGAGUUUGAGAUGGCGAAAGAGAAUGAAGAGAAGAUGUACCUGACGAAGUCACUUGAAGUCAAUCAGGUUGUCACCGAAAUGAGUCUUCAACAGUUCUUAAAGGGACAAGAAGUCUAUUUGAAAGAUCAGGAGACGAUAGAACUGAAUAAGUCUAAAAUGACGCAAUUUUUUAAUCGAACGAGGUUGGGACUGAAAAUUUAUUAUGACCAUUUAGUGAAUGACAAGUUUAAGACGGGAGCUGAUUAUUAUAUACCGAUGUUUAUCUGUGAGGUGAUCUGUUUUGUGUUUUUAAUAGUCUUCCAAGGGAGUUUCACGAAUUUACAAGGGAACUUUAUCGAGUUUUUUACGAGUGAUUAUCUUCCUAUUACAUAG